CGAGAAUCGAAGUCUUGAAGGAGAACGCGGACAAUUCUAUAGAUCGUUGGAUCGUAAAUUGAACCCUCCUAGAAUAAUCACCCUUAUUUACUAUAACACUCACAGUCAUUCAGUGAAAGCAUUCCUUGCAUCUGAUACAAUAAUCARCCUACUAUUGAGUGAAUGCCUUCCAAUUUACAAGUAAAAAAUCACUGGGAAUUUUUGUGCACAACUUGUGACACAACUUGUGACUCAUAUCGUCUCCGCGGUAUCUUGGUCGUACUAUAGAUCUAGCCGAUGCAGGAUGUCUGAAGUUGGUUGAUCAGUCAUUCCUCCUGUUGUGCUAGACCUUUGCAUCUGGUAUCAUAGAAUGCUUUCAUUUUGGUCUUAAAGCAGGUACUGAGAGGAAUCUGGCAAUGUAGGACAGUUGUGCAGCAGUCUCUCGUCAUAGCGUAACAGCUGAGUUGACUGUAAGGCUCCAUAGCUCAUUUUACUGUCCUGUAUUACGUUGGAUCUAUGGAUGUGUAGCUUUGCAAAGUGUCAUCCAAGAAAUAACUCAAAAUAACGCCGUGCAAAGCUGUGUUCUUGUUGUUUGAAUACAGCAUUUCCUCGUCUUCUUGAAACCUGUGAACAUCGAUCGGACUCGAACUUCGAACAUCGAGCUAUAUCAACGAUUCUAAAUUCAGCCGAAGUGUCCUUAAUUCAAGUCCGUCAACACGUGAUGUUUGCUGGUAUGUGACGAAGCCACUAAAGCCAUUCGCUUUCUCCUUAAAUAAAGACAACGACGUAGUCUUGGAGGCCGCCAUAUUGGACCAAAGGCCGUUCUGCUGAAUUUCGGAAUUCUUUCUUUUAGGCAGAAGCUGGUCAAAUACGGAAGCCAAGUCGAUGUAGGGGAUCUAUUUAAGAUCUUUUUCUAUUCGCGCUUGCCGCUUGUCUCACCUAGACAUUUUUUUCCCAUUUAGCAGAGAUAGACUCUGAUACAACGACUGGACUCCCAUAAAGUUGUCAAUUCAAACCAAAAACAGCAGUGUCACAAGUCCGAWAUGGGUCGAAGAAAAACAUARGAUUGCGACUAAAGCUAUACUGAAUCGUUCAGCAAAACAGUCAUCGUGCUUGUUCAAGCUUAGCUGGACGUCUGGCCAAACACUAGACAUGAGAUCGUUCAUGGUGACGAUCAUUGCUCUGUCCCCUCUCAACGUUUGCACAGGAUCAGGAUUUCGAUUAUAAGUUGCGAUAACUGCAUCAUUUUUCAAGAAGCGUAUAUUGCUAAWUCCAAUCUCUAGCGCUUCUCCUUGUCUAAUGAUCCUACUAGUGAGAGGACCGUGUGUUAAUUACUUUAAAAGUCUCUCUAUAGUACGCCAUACACUAAUACAUGACAAAAUGUCUCAUUCACUAACCCCACUGACCACUUCAUAUGACUUCACACUAUACAACAUGAUGGACACCACAUACCAAACCUUAUAACACAUGUAAUAGUGUGACAUAACGCAUAAUACUAUCAACCUAACUACUAAGCACAUGUCCAGUAAUCCCUGCUCAAUGUCAACUACAAUUUCUCAUCAYCUACCUUUAGUAUCCACCAACCAAGCCAGAAGUCCAAAUCUCUACCGUGCAAGAUUCAAGUAACCUGUUUGAAUUGUUGAUCAAAAGAAUCGAUUCCAACGCUAGGGAGGAAAAACCCGCUACAAAAGGCAUGARUGAUAGUUUUCACGUAAAACAGCAAGAUAUAACUCACAAGGAAAGACAGCAUAACGUGAACGGCAACAUCUCAGCAUUUACAUCCAACGAUAUCAGAUCGUCUAACGGGCACGUCAGCCACGAACAUAAUGUCAUCUCUUCGUCAGAGCACGUUACCAGCUCUCAUCAAAGUGCAAGAAGAUCAAUCUUUGACAACUCUCCUCUUUCUAACGGCAAGAGGCCGAACGAAAACGACAUCAUGUCGACUUGUACUCACAAGAUUACCAAACCAACCGACGACGCUGAGAUAACAAGCUCUACUAAUGAGGGUGAUUUGAAUAACRCGAAUAUUCGCAACGUCGCUCAAGAUCAUGACGAUUCUUCCAAUGACCACGUGAUCCUCAUCGAUGAUGAUGAAGGCCAGAAUGGUGCCCAUAGAAGGGACGUGUUUCCUUUCACGCAACGACUAAAGUUGAUGUCUCAGCGCUCGCGUGAAGGAUCACCCUCGUUAUCGCAACAAGUAACUCACGAAAAACCAACCACUGUGCCCAGUUACCACGGUAACCACAUAUUAACCAAUCAAAUGUCGUCUGAACAAAGCAUGAUGGAUACUAAUCGGACAGGGUUUAGACCUUUCUUCGGUSAAACCAUUCCAUCAACUUCAAGCCCCGUCUCCCUACAUUUGCAUAAUUGCAAUCUUGGCUUGUCACAUAGUAACGUUAUUUCCAGUAAUGAGGUAUAUUUACUUCUUGAUCCACAAACUCAAUUUGUCAAGGGAAAUUUAAGUGAACCUGUUCAAGCUGCACGAAAUGGUGGACUAGUAUUACAAGCAGAACAAUGUACACAGGUUUCGACRUGUGCCUCUUUCCCUGUGUCCAACCGUUUCUCCCAUGAAGUAAGACAAACACAUUCUAGAGGGAGUGUUUUCGCCGAUGCUGAUUCUCUGGUGAUGMSYMAUMGGAAUUCCCAAUUUAUUGGAUCACCAUCACAGAGAGGAGAACCGCAAGUUAUGUCCAAUAUUUGGGAGCGAAGACCAUCUUUAGUAUCGUCCAGGAUACCCGUCUCGUCACCUUUUAGUCAAACUAAUUCGACCUCUGCAUUUUCAAGACCUGCUGUUAUCCAUCAAUCCCCAAUUGCCCAGCGGUUUGAUUCAUUUCAAAGGGAUAACUCGCUGUCUUGUAACGAACGAUUAUCGAAGUCCCCCGAUCAUUUUUCGGUCAGAGAUCGAUUGUUUCGACCAGUGUCGCCAACAUGGACCAACUCAAUAUAUUCUAAUACAGUGUCGCUAAAUACUGGUGAAUCGCAAUCGUCUAAUGUGAGGACUGCCGAAAGAGACGCUGACGAAUUCUCAUACGCCUGCGCAUUGCAUGAAACAGCCAAUAGCCCGACUAUUGAGCGUAUGCUUGGCUCAGAAUCCCCUAUGGAAAAAUCAUCAAUAAGUUCACCGCCUUCUGUUUCUGAAAGCCCUUCAUAUAGGACUGUCCAUGUAAUAUCUUCGGACUCGGAGACUGUUCGUGAAUYGAACCUUUCCGAGGACUCGGAAACUGUUCGUGAAUCGAACCUUUCCGAUUCCUUACCGACCAAUGACCAAUCUACAAUGAAUUCUUCGUUUCUGGAAAACUCAUCUAAUAUAAACGAUGAUACUAAAAAAGAUGAAACUUUAAUAGAAGAAAGCUGUAUUGAGAAAGAUAACACAGACUCUUCUAAAAAACCAAUGAAGAAGCGAAAAAUGAACUUGAAUGUUAUUCAUAAGAGACUCGAACCCAAACUUCCAUCUCCUGUUCGAGAAAUAAGCUCGGGAGAUUUAUUUCAGGACCCUAGUAAGUUAACCCGUGAGGAACGAGCCCUUCAACGGGCCAUGAUGAGGUUCAGUGAGUUAGAAAUGAAAGAGAAGGAACUUCCUAAUAUGGUCAAAAGUAGACGUGACUCUAAAGCUGAUGARCCCAAAAAUACUUCAGAGAAAAAAAGRGCAGCGUCCACUGAAACUAUCGAAAAGAAACAAGAUAAAGAAGGUUUUAAUAACCCAUUUAAAGCGAAAAGAAAGAAGCAAAAGCGUUGGUUUAAAAAGUAUCAGAAAGAAUUAAAGAAGGCCCCAGUAAUUACAAAUCUUGAGGUUAAAGUAGAGCCUUUAAGUGAUGAGAUAAAGGCCCAGACGUCCAUUGGAACUGACCCUAUGGUUAAAAUAAAGAAAAAAGUUAGAAAGAGAAAAAGAUUGAAAGACAACGAGGAAAUACUACUAUCGAAAAAAAAGAAAUUCAUGAAUGAAGCGAAGAAACAGUUCAACGAAAAGGUUGUCAAGACGACCGAUGUCCGUGUCGGUGAGGUGGAAGAUUCCAAGGCUGUAGAAGCAACUGAAGAAAUUUUAAGGAAAGAAAAAAAGAAAGCUAAAAAACUGAAAUUGAAAAGAAGACUUGAGGAAAAGCAUGAGAAAUCAAAGUAUCUCCAGAGUAACUCCAGCAAUGUAUCUACUGUCACUAGUACGCAAAUAUCGUCAACGCCUGAAUCGUCUUCGCUGGAAAAGAAGCGUAUUGCAGAUGAAAAGCAUCGAGUCAAAACAUACAUGUUGGUCCCAUCUUAUCAAGGAUUCAAGGAUUUCCAACCAGUUGUGAUUGAAUCUCGAACAAGGCGCAAAGCGGCUACACAACCAAGUGAAUCAGGUUCAGAUAACAAACCCAAGAUUCCUCUACUCGUCGUGGAGAGUGUCCAUUCUAAACCUGUAAAGGAAAUGAUUGUAGCGGAGAAUGAGGAAGUUCAAAAACUCGUYACAGAAUGUUUGCGAGUUCACGGUAAAUGGCAUGGAGACGAGCUAGAACAAGCUCUGAAACGUGAAGAAGCAGARCUUAACGAAGAGGUUUCCAGGUUUCGAGAUGCCAAGAAACUGUCUGUAAAUCGAACAACAGGAGAAACUAUUCUACACAAGGCAGCGAGGCUUGGAUACGAUGAAAUUGUCAAACAGUGUAUUCURCAGGGAGCUGAUGCAAACGCCAAAGAUAAUGCGGGUUGGACGCCCCUGCAUGAGGCAUGCGCACGAGGUAAACUGGCUGUGGUCAAGGUUUUGACUCGAUAUGGUGCUGAUGUAAAUAGCCAAUCAAAUGACGGUAUUAGGCCUAUCCAUGAUGCUGCGGAGGCUGGUCACAUUGAUGUUAUACGUGUACUGUUAUCUUAUGGAGCUGAYCCGUUUCUUGUUACGUACGCGGGACUCAACGCAUUGGCUUGUGCAAGACACCCAAAAAUUAAAACGUUUUUGCAAGAGUAUUGUACUGAUGUUGGUCACCCAAUUCCUGACCUACAACAUMUCAAGGAACACGAUGGUUGGGAAUUUUGUGGUUCCAAUUCGACAAUUUCAGACGAGCGUCCCGAUAGAGUGAGUGGUAUUUGGGAAGACAUCCCAGACUGUUCAGAGACUUUUUAUCCCGAGUUUGAAAUCAGCGACAAACCUCACAUCAACACUUACAACCUGCCAGUCAUGAAGGAUGACGUCAUUGUAGGGAGACGUAAUUACAUGUUAAUCCAAGAACUUCAUGACAGUGGUCACGUUGCCAAAACAACACUUCAAAAGAAGCUGAAAAGCGCAGACAUUCUUGAAAUGCCUUGGAGUAAAUUUCUAGAACAUUUAUCAGAGAAUUAUUUGUGUGUGAAACCAUCGUACGCACCAGAAGGAACAAGCACUGACGAACCUAAAGCACAGUUAGUACCGCUGAACUACACUAUGAGGAGGCUACUAGGAAUUCGAGUAGAAUCAUGUCGGGUGGGAGGCUUUCUUUAUAAGGUUUAACCUUAAUGCAUUGCGGGCCAUGCAAGUGACGGGCAACUCAUUAUUGCCCUCUUAUAGACACGCAGAUAUUGAUAGGUCACGUGACAGUCUUGAUUGGGUGUCACUUCUGAAUGCUAUAUUCCAUAACAACAAUGCAAGCUCUCUUUACAGACCUCUCUAGUCUAUUAUGGAUAAUUUGAUAAACAUGCAUUCAACUCUGUUUUACGUAAAACACCUUUAUUAGAUACAGCGCUUUAGAGUCAGCAAGGCAAMGUUUCGCUGUACGUGGUUGUUAAACUAUUUUACUGGUGCAAAUGUUUAAAGAAGAAGCCAGGGAAAUGACAAAUGAAGCUGGUUCUUCUACAUACAGCUGAAGCUGAAUCCCUGYGCUUAUCAAUAUUUUUAUUCAGUUUCGAAGUUUAUUGUGUAWUGAGGUCUUUUGUGAGCAAAUUGAGAAAUAAGAGAAAAUGAACACAACUUAGAUUCAAAUGAAGUUUGUGUUGUGUUAUAUUUAAAGUAUUUUAUAAUGUUUGUAAAUAAAGCAUUUUUUGACUAAA